AUGGUAAAAAAGAAUCAAACCCAGUCGACCAGGUCUAACAUAGUCCCUCCGGCGGACCAGGACAAUCCAAACCCAGAUCUCACCUCAGAACCCCUCUUCACCCGGGUGAACCCGGACGAGAACCAAACAAUCAAUCCUGAUGACGCCUGGGUCACGAUCGAAAUGAACCAAUAUAAGUACAUUGAGGUCCCGGUGGCUCCCAACCAGACCCUUCACUUAACUAGCAAAGAGUUUGCAGAUGCUAUGCAACUGUACGAAGAGCACCUGGGCGGGAUCCGUAGAGAAAUGGAAAUCAUUAACGAGUCCGAAGACUCCGGGAAUAGCCAUAAAUCCCGGGGCUCUGUCUUUGACCGACUCGGAGAAAGAACCAAGAAAAAGAAACAAAAAGAAAGCGAUGCAACCAAGCAGAGGAUCCUGGCCGAAAAAAGAGAGCAAAUCCGGAAAGAAGAAGAAGAAAAGCUAGAACAAAAAAUUGCUCUGCGACUCCAACUAGAAGAGGAAAAGAUGACAAAAGGGUCCCGGUCCAAACGAUAUCGAAAGGAGAUGACCCCUGAGCCCAUAUCAGAUGAUGAAAAUGAGGGACCCAGACAGACAAACCUAAGAGACAUGAUAAACGAGCUCAACCGAAAGAUGGGGAAUGACUCCGGAUUGGAAAUAGGGGGAACCCUGACCCCCUUCAAUCAUUCCCUCGAGUCCAUUUCCCAGCAAAAAAAUAUGAAGCAUUAUAAUUUUGAGUCCUUCGACGGACUAGGAGACCGGGAAGAGCAUUUGCACUAUUUUGAACAGAUAGCCCAGAUCUAUUACUACAAUGACCUGACCAAGUGCCGCUUCUUCGCAUCCACAUUCAAGGGAGGGGCUCAAAGAUGGUUCAGCAGGAUUCCCUCCUGGAGCAUCGGAUCCUGGAAACACUUCAGGAAAGCCUUCCUCAGAAGGUUCCGGGCCAACAGGACGCAUGAACUCCACAUAUGUCACCUGGAAACAGUUCGUCCGUAUGACAACGAGGCACUCGCAGACUACAUGAGACGUUUCCAGGAAGCGAUUAACAAAAUUUCCAGCCUAGAUGAAAGAGAAGCUCUGAGUAUCUUCCGAAGGAACCUGGAUCUGGAACACAACUAG